AUGGCCUACCAAGGGUCUGACGCGCAUGCGCACUCGCCUACCUACGAGGAACCUCGUCUGCAGGAUGUACCUACUUCACAGUACCGUGAAGACGAGGAUGCUUCCCGAGGGCUAUUGUCCAGUCAACAGGGUCCCUUUGCGACGCCCUUUGAUGACCCCCAGUCGCGGGGCCAAUCUCCCACUCGUGGCCAUUCACCCAUGCGCCCCGCCUCGGGUUACAGCUUGACAGAAACCUACACUACAGACGCAUCACCGGCGUAUCACGAUCCCUACAGCACCGGCACCGUCUAUUCGGGCCAGUCAGAGAACCCGGCCACGGCCUUUGGUGUUCCCGGUCGAGCCCCAUCACCCUACGCUCGCAGCGAGACGUCAUCAACCGAGGCAUGGCGUCAACGUCAAGCUCCUGGAGGAAACGCCGGCGGAAACUUGCGCCGCUAUGCCACUCGUAAAGUGAAGCUGGUCCAGGGUUCCGUUCUGAGUGUCGAUUAUCCGGUUCCCAGUGCCAUCCAGAAUGCAAUCCAGGCCAAAUACCGCAACGACUUGGAGGGUGGUAGCGAGGAGUUUACUCACAUGCGAUAUACCGCUGCGACGUGCGAUCCGAACGAGUUCACCCUCCACAAUGGUUAUAACCUGCGUCCAGCAAUGUAUAAUCGCCAUACUGAGCUGCUGAUUGCGAUUACUUACUACAACGAGGACAAGACACUGACUGCGCGAACUCUGCACGGUGUUAUGCAGAACAUUCGCGAUAUUGUCAAUUUGAAGAAGUCCGAGUUUUGGAACAAAGGUGGACCUGCUUGGCAGAAGAUCGUUGUGGCCCUCGUCUUCGAUGGUAUCGAUCCGUGUGAUAAGGAUGUUUUGGAUGUUCUUGCGACCGUCGGUAUCUAUCAAGACGGUGUGAUGAAGCGAGACGUUGAUGGCAAGGAGACCGUUGCUCAUAUUUUUGAAUAUACCACUCAACUUUCCGUCACACCAAGCCAACAACUCAUUCGCCCAACAGAAGAUGGUCCUAGUACACUGCCUCCAGUGCAAAUGAUGUUCUGUUUGAAGCAGAAGAAUAGCAAGAAGAUCAACUCCCAUCGUUGGCUCUUUAAUGCAUUUGGCCGCAUUUUGAAUCCCGAGAUCUGUAUCUUGCUCGAUGCAGGAACCAAGCCCGGCCCUAAAUCCUUACUUUCCCUUUGGGAGGCCUUUUACAACGAUAAGGAUCUUGGAGGUGCCUGUGGUGAGAUCCAUGCUAUGCUGGGCAAGGGUUGGCGCAACUUGGUCAACCCGCUGGUAGCCGCCCAGAACUUCGAGUAUAAAAUCAGUAACAUCUUGGACAAGCCUCUCGAAAGUUCGUUUGGAUAUGUCAGUGUGUUGCCUGGUGCGUUCUCAGCUUACCGAUUCCGUGCUAUCAUGGGUCGUCCUUUGGAGCAAUACUUUCACGGUGACCACACAUUAUCCAAACAGCUGGGUAAGAAGGGUAUCGAGGGAAUGAACAUUUUCAAAAAGAAUAUGUUCUUGGCCGAGGAUCGUAUCCUCUGCUUCGAAUUGGUUGCCAAAGCCGGCUCGAAAUGGCAUUUGACAUACGUCAAAGCCUCCAAGGCUGAGACUGACGUUCCCGAAGGUGCAGCCGAGUUCAUCUCGCAGCGUCGUCGUUGGCUCAACGGCUCGUUCGCGGCUGGUAUUUACUCGCUAAUGCACUUCGGUCGUAUGUACAAAAGUGGCCACAACCUGAUUCGCAUGUUUUUCCUACAUAUCCAGAUGCUUUACAACAUCUUCAACACUAUCCUCACCUGGUUUUCGCUAGCUUCAUACUGGCUCACAACCACUGUUAUUAUCGACCUGGUUGGUACUCCGAGUGUAAACAACAAGGAAACCGCAUUCCCGUUCGGCAAAACCGCUACACCAAUCAUCAAUACUAUUGUGAAGUAUGUCUACCUGGGAUUCCUGCUCCUGCAGUUUAUCCUUGCGCUGGGUAACCGACCCAAGGGCUCCAAGUUCUCUUACCUGGCGUCCUUUGUCGCAUUUGGUAUCAUUCAGCUUUACAUUGUUAUCGACUCCCUGUACCUGGUCAUCCGUGCCUUCGGUGGAGGCGCACCAAUGGACUUCGUGACCAAUGAGGGUGUAGGUGCUUUCCUCAAGUCAUUCUUCGGCUCUUCCGGCGCAGGUAUCAUUAUCAUUGCCUUGGCUGCCACAUUUGGUCUCUACUUUGUGGCCUCGUUCAUGUAUGCUGAUCCAUGGCACAUGUUCACUUCUUUCCCGCAAUACCUCGUGCUGCAAUCCUCUUACAUCAACAUCCUCAACGUUUACGCCUUCAGCAAUUGGCAUGAUGUGUCUUGGGGUACCAAGGGCUCUGACAAGGCCGAUGCUUUACCUUCUGCCACUACGACCAAGGACGAAGGGAGCAAAGACGCAGUCAUAGAAGAAAUCGACAAACCCCAGGCAGAUAUCGAUAGUCAGUUCGAGUCUACUGUAAAACGCGCCCUCACUCCCUACGUUCCCACUGUUGAAAGCGACGAAAAGUCCCUGGAGGAUUCCUAUAAGAGUUUCCGUACUCGCCUGGUGACCUUCUGGAUUUUCAGCAAUGCUUUCCUAGCUGUUUGCAUAACAAGCGAAGCGGUGGACAAAUUUGGUUUCACAAACACGGCUACAACCCGUACUUCUCGAUUCUUCCAGGCCCUCCUGUGGUCCAACGCUGUCAUGGCUCUCUUCCGCUUUACUGGAGCUUGUUGGUUCCUUGGCCGUACCGGCAUCAAGUGCUGUUUCGCACGCCGGUAG